AUGCAGAACUCAGCGCGAGAUGCUGGGAUUAUGCCAUCUUGGGGAGCGCUAGGUAGCUCUUCCGUUGCCCGACAGGGUACGCGAUUAAGCAACGGCCAUAGUCUUGCAAGUCGAAGGCGUAACCCAUUGGCGUGUGAGAUGUGUUAUAAGAAGAAAGUCAAAUGCGAAGUUGAAGGCUCCGAUGCGGCCUGUAUUCAAUUUCCUUCUAGAACCAACUACGUUAGAACCCUAGAAGAACGCCUGCGGAAAACUGAAUCUUUACUCCGCGCCGCAGGACUUCUAGACGACGAAGAUAUCAGUCAACUUGACUCCGGUGGUGAAUAUGGCAACGAAAAUUUUGAGGAUGAAAGUGAUAGUGAUCAUGGGGGGGACGAGCCUUGUGGUUCGAGGAGCCGUGAUUCCGGGAUGCUAAUAUCGAAAGACUCAAUACAUGUUGCAAACGAAGAGUCGAGCAUCACGUCCGGUGCAGAUCUGUUGAGUAAAUCUGCCGGACAGGGCCAGAAGCUACCUUGGGAUAGUACUCUACACCAGCCACCCCUCUUCCGCUAUGACCCUCGAGAAGACUCUCGAUACUAUGGACGAUCUUCAUUCCUGUCCAUACUAUCUCGGGAUGGGAUCGAGUGGAUCAAGAGCAAGACAGGAGACUCUAAGUUUCUUACUUUGCUACUCGAGGACAAAAAUCAUGACAGCCCCUGGGAUCACUGGCGGCCAGAUGUAUUUCAUGACGUGUUCUCGUCUACGGUCUUUAAGCCUUUGCCUCCGAGGGCGGAAGUCUUUUCCUUAUUGAAGGAUUAUUUUCGCACAGUGAACCGGUUAUUUCCACUGUACCAUGAGGCGACGUUUAUGCAGUUGGUUGAAUGGCAAUAUACGCAACAGACGUGUGAUGAUGCUGCCCGUUGGGCCAGCAUCAAUAUCAUCCUCUCUUUAGCUUACGAAUAUCGAUUUUCCAACUGCCAGAAGUCAGAAAAAGACAGGGAGAAAGCCUGGCUUUAUUACAAAAAUGCUAUGUCAGUCUUUGCGGAGUUGACAUUGCGGAGGACCGAUAUCUUGAGUGUGCAGGCCCUUAUUGGCAUGGCAUUAUUUCUCCGAGGAAAUUCGGGUACUCAGUCAGCAUCGCCUAUCAUAACCGCAGCCAUACGGUCGUGUCAACGAAUGGGACUCCAUCGUGACGUUCCCAGACCCCAUCUUUCUCAGGCCGAGCAAGAACAGAGGAAGAGGGUAUUCUGGAUUGCCUAUAUCCUUGAUCAGAGCGCAUGCAUACGGACGGGGAGUUCGCCCACCCAGCAUCCAGACGAUCUUGAUAUUGGUUUUCCUGAGGUCGAUACCGACGAUGAAUUUACAAUGAACGGCAAUGCUUCUUUUUUCCGCCAACUUUGUCAUAUGACGCUCAUAAGGAGCCGGAUAUAUGGCAAGCUUUAUGCUGUCAAGGCUCUGCAGAAGAUGUCCCCCAAAGAAAUCUACGAUAUUGUACGUGAGCUCCGGGGGGAACUUGAGGAAUGGCAUAAUGCAAGCCCUUUCACCCAACAAGUGAAGCCGAGAGGAGCAGGCGAGGAUUUCCUCGUGGGAUUUGCCACUGCUGGCUUGCAGUUUGGCUAUUUUAAUUCUAUGAUCAUGAUUCAUCGUCUGCCAUUGACUAUUCAUUUUGCCUAUAUGCGCCAUUCCACAAUCAACGUGAAGUGGGACGUUGAUCACAAAACUAUCUUCAACGAGUCGACGAAGGCGAGCGCAAUCUGCGUUCAGGCUGCCCGGGACACAUUGAAGCUUGUGAAUAACCUUCCAUGGGGAGACAUAGCAUGGAUCUGGUCUCUGUUGUAUUACAUUUUCCUGGCAGUUACCAUACUAUUCACUUAUAUACUCCGCGACAGUCAGCACCCCAACGCCAGAGAAGAUUUACAGCAUCUCAGCAUGGCAGCAACCUUCUUCGCAACACUCAUACCCGGCGACGGCCCCUGCAACUACGCCAAGUUCAUGACUAAGAUGUGUUCCAACUUCGAGCGAGUAGCCUGGACAGUCGUUGAGCGCGAACAAAAGGCGCUCAAUUCAAGCGAUAGACAUCACCAACCUGUUGCGCCAUCUGUGACCACCCCAGGACAGAAUGAAAGAAAUUCUUCAUCCAAGGAGCAGGCAGCCUGUUCCCCUUGUGCCGGCAACGUUGACAUUCCUCAACUCGAAGGCCUCCCACGCAUCAACUCGUCGGGCUAUGUUGUUCCUGAGAGCCCUAGCGCUGCCUCAGAAGACGCCCCCACUGGGGACCAACCUACUGUGAACGGCUCCCUCUUAGGUGGGUUCUCAGUGAGCCAGCCACAUGAAAGCAUAAGUGCAACCAUCCAGCAGAGCUACCCCCAUCCAAUGGACGAUACUUUUCCGGUCUCUAUGGCGGACAACAUACACCAGCCAGAACUGUGGCAAAUUCCAAUGGCGGCUGACUGGGAAUUUGGCAGUCAGUUCCUGAGCCUUUUCGGUCCACAAUUCUUUGCUCAAGGGGGUAGCGAUGUCAUGUCGGCAAUGGCCGGGAUGGCAGCACCACCAAUGCCUUCGGCGCCAAUGAACAUGGGGUUCGACUACGAGAAUUCCGAUAAUGUGGAGAGCUAUCCUGCAUGGAUGCCCCGGGGAUUCAUGAACCUCUUCUAA